GUCCCGCGAGCCUGCUAAGCAGACGUCGGAGCAUGUGGUUCGGGAGGUGAUCAGCGAGCUGCGCAGGGUGAUGCAGCUGCGUUUCACUGCCGCCACGCUAACCCCUGAAACCCUGUCGGCUCUGCCCACACAGCUUCUCACCGCACAGCUCCAGGCGGCUAAGCUGGAGCACUUUGUUGCCAUCUGGUCGGCGGGUGGCGCGCUUUGUGAAGUGGAGGACGUUCAGGGUGGGUCACCGAAGUUGAACUUGCGGCUGACGCUUGCAUCACCUGUGCAGGCCCCCUAGGUUUCCUUUUGGGCGGCGCUUCUUUCCAGGCGCUGGCGUGGCGUAUUAUCGUCAUCAGCUGAUCUGGCGCCCAUGUGUUUUAGCUCUGGCUGGCGUCGCAGCGCCUGGGCGGCUGUGGGCCUUCCUGCACAGCGUGUCUUGCAGCGGGCUGGAGCCCGCUUGGUCAGCGCCACAUCUGGCCCGUUUAGUUUUCUGCUUGUGUCUCCUCUGCCGGUUCUCCUGGGGUGUUGAAAAAUAAUAAUAAUAAUAUCUACGCAGGGCACAGGUGCCCGCGUGUCUUAAGGAGGAGUGAGACAAGCUCACCCCACCAUUGGAAAACUUGAUUUCCCUACCCCGGCUCCCCUGCGCGGGGGCCGCCAUUGGCGGUCCCCUGGGUGCGGCCUCCCGGGCGGCAUCGGGUGUUGGCAAUGCCCAUCUCUCGCUCUAGCCGGUAGUACAGGUUUGCGGUGCCCUGGAGUGUGGUGACGCUAUGCAUGUGGAGACAUGUGCAGCAGGCCUUGGCUGCCUGCGGUUUGGCUCCUAGGUCUUUGAGGAGAGUUUCAAGGGUACGGGGGACAGUGCCACCGUGUCCCAGUGUAAUAACGUGCUUGGUAUCGUAGUGCACAGUCCACCCUGCAGCUCGCAUGGCAGUGGCAAGGGUGGCGUGCUGUGCUUGUUUUUGAAUGAGCUUCUCGCUGUGGUGCAGGUCAGAGGUGUAUCCAACUUCAAGGAUGUACACUGGGUAGGCCCCUUUGUUGGCUGGUGGGGAUGUCAUGAAGCGUUCUGCUUCGGACCGGGGAAGGUUCGGGAUAAACAGAAUGUCAGGCCGCAUCCUGUUGAGGUCUGCAGCGGGCACUUGCGGGCAGAGCCAUGACGGCGGCCGCAUGCCCGCACAGUACUCAGGCAGUUCAGCUCGGGAGGUGGCAUCCAUUAUCAUGUAGCCACCACCGUUGUGACCAUGGUGUAGGCAUUCGGCAAUCGUCCGCACUGCAGUGUUGUGUUUGGCUAUCCUAGCGCCAACGAGUUGGGGGUGCGCGCAGUGGCCGGCAAGGUGACCUGCGGUGCCACGCUCUGGGUCAGAUCCGCGGCUGCGCUGGGUGUGGGCACAGAGACCACAUUUGUCGCUGUCUCGUAGUUUAAACAAAGCCAGCCGGGCCGGGCAGAUGAGGCCUCCCUGACGAGCAUUCUGUAUGAACCGGCGUAGGCCGUGGCUGGCGUCCGAGUUCGUCAUGUACGCGUUACUGGCGCGUGGGUCAAGGCUGGGUGCUGCCUCGGCCCAUUUCUCAGUGUACAGGGUUUUGUUGGCGUAUCCACCACGGCAGCUGGGGGCCAUUGCCCUGGUGAGGCCCCGGUUUAGGUCCGACACGUAGUGCGUGGCUGUGCUAUCGUCAUCCCUGGUGACCGUGAAGGUCGGCCACCAGUGCCGGGCGUGCGGGUCGUUGUCGGCCGGUUCGGAUACAUCGGCGGGUUUUUCCUGGGUGGCGACGGCAGCCGCCCCUUUAUCGGCUUCCUCGUUGCCGUGUAGCCCGGUGUGCGAGAUCACUUUAAUCAGGGCGGUGGGUGCGCCCCGGGCGUGGCGUGCAUGGAGCAAUGCCACGACUGAAUCCAGGAGGUCCCGAUGUUUACUCAGA